AUGGAUGGGGGGGAGCCGUCCCUUUUGGUGGGUGACAAGCUCGCCCUCGACAAACGCCUACUCGACUCUACCCAGGGGCCCAAGGUUGUCUUCUGUUCUGCCUGUUGUGUGAAGUGGAAGAGGAUUGCGAUUGUACCUAGCUACCUCUACUUCAGACCUCCCCUCCCAUUCACCCUCCCAGCCUCUUCUCGACUUGACUCUUGGGGGGGGGGAACCUUUUUCUUUUGCUUGCCCUCCCCUGGUCCUGGUUCUGGCCCUGCCCUGCCCUGCCCUGCCCAAACCAAGGGUCAGGAGUCCGGCCAGGAGCCGCCGUCCGCCCACCCGCUCACCCGUCCGCCAGUCCAGCCCCGACCCUCCCUGUUCGUGUCUGCCGCGACGAGGGUGUCCGCUGAGCAGUCGUUGCCCGCGCUCCAUCUUCACUGGCACUGGCGCAGGCACUGGCACUGGCACUGGCACUGGCACUGGCACUGGCACUGGCAGCGACACGGCGGCGAUCGCAGCGGAUCCUCGCCCCAAGCAGAGGAGGCCAUUGACGCCAGGACAUCACGAGGCGACCAAUUCCAUCGUCCCUCUCUUCGCACCCCCACUGGCACUCCCGCUCCCGUUGCCGACGACUACGACUACGACAACGACGACGAUCGUCACGACCGCGACAACCGCGACAUCGCUCACACGCCUAACCAUCACAACGGCUGCUCUCAAGCCCCCAUGGCCACCCGAAUUGCGACCUGA